AUGUUCGGAACCCUACGUACAUCGGAUGCAGCUACCCUCGAUGACAUUCUUUCGUUUGUGGGGGUAGAAUUAUGGCUGAGUUUUUAUGGAGUCACUCCAGAAGCUUUUUAUAAGCCAAGCAACGCGAGGUGCUACCCUGCCGCUGCUACUGUGAUGACCCAAACAAACAGCUCGGCACAUCGGAAUUCUCCUUUUACUAUCAAUCAUAUCGGCUUCGUGAGCGAAGUUACUAUCGCUUCAUUGAACGAUGACCUACUCAGACUUCGCUCCCAGCUUGUUGAUGGCACUGGUCUUGCACACCUGCGGAAUCCGAAAAAAGGGUAA